GUCCUGGGCACCAAACCCUCCUUCACUGCUUUGACCCGCCGGACAAACGUCUGAGACUUUUAUGGGCUGCCACACAGACGUCAGGCGCUGCGCUUCACCGUGAAGAUGGCGGAGGCUGCGGAGACACCACAACACCGUUUUUUCUGUCACUGCUGUAAACGUGAAACUAACCCCAAACUCCCGGAUUUCGUCUGCCCCAGAUGUGACUCUGGCUUCAUUGAGGAGGUGACAGAAGACUCCAGUCUCCUCCAGGACAGCACAUCAGUGGCCAGUGAAGAUUCAGACUUGUUAUUCUCAGAAUUAUGGCAGCUGUUGUUUAUGGAGCGCUCCGCUCUGCUGUCGCAUCCACCCUCCUCAGAGUCCGACCCGGAUGACAGUGACCAGGUAUCUGCAGGUCAGAGCCAACCUUCUCCGGAGCCGCUAGUUGCUGCUGAGGGCAGAGAUCCAGAGUCUCCUUCCCACCCUGAACAAGAGAGUUCAUCCAGGCCUGAACAAAGGCCUGCAGUGGAAGGGUGUGUGGACAUGGAUCGUGCAGCAGUUCUUGGCCGGCCUGUUUGCCAACAACGGAAACCCGGGCUCUGCACCAGCUGCACUAUCAAGCAUGCUACAGUUGUAUGCAAACCCUGGAGAUUAUGCGUGGGGUCAGGGAGGUCUGGACACUGUCAUCACAGAGUUGUUAGGACAGUUGGAGAACACAGGUCCCCCUCCUGCAGAAAAGGACAUGAUCUCAUCUCUACCAACAGUAUGCAUCUCUCAAGAACAGACAGAUUGCAGACUGGAGUGUCCAGUUUGUCGGGAGGAGUAUUCAUUAGGCGAGUCUGUCAGGAAGCUCCCCUGCCUCCAUUACUUCCACAGUGAAUGUAUAGUGCCUUGGCUGGAGCUGCACGAUACCUGCCCAGUGUGCCGAAAAAGCCUUGCUGGCGUCGACAACAGCCUCCCGCCCACGUCAGAACCCCCAGAAGCCCGCUCCAUCAGGACCGAGCAACAGGAGAGGCAGGCGAUCUGAGAAGCAACUCGACCUUCUUUACUGUUUUCAUGAGACACGCUUCUCUCCUCAGACCACCACACUGACUGCUUUUAAAUAAAAUAUACAUUACUCUCACUUGAUUCACGCAUUUCUGCUAAGGAACUUUAUGUUUUUUUACUUCAACAUCUUUAAGCUACCCUACAAACAAAAAAGGACGCUGCAGUUUGCUGAAAAGAUGUGGAGGUGAUGUGUCCUUCUUGCUACACCGCCCUCUGAGGUGGAUUUCUGUAUGACUGACUUUGAUGUCAUGAACUAAUCAUCACUGAGCUGCCAGUGCGUCAAAAUGAUGGGGAGUUGUGAAGUAACACUUUUGCAUUAGGGCUCUUAGUAAUGAUGCAGUAUAUUUUGUGGACCUUUUUCCACCUAAUCGGAUUCAUCAUUGAUCUCCUCUAUAUUUAAACCUGUUAUUAAAGUUUAACCCCUGAUACUCAA